AUGAGCGGAUCCUCGGCGAAAUUGUGCGCGGACUACCUGCCCGGCGCACUGAGGGCUCGGGGCCCUCUUUUGCGUGCCGUUCCUCGGGGCACUCGCCGGCCUGGCGCCAGGGAGUAUAGACGGGGUGCUCAUGGCGCGAACAACUCUCGCUAUCGUCCGUCGGUGACGGCUCACCGGGUACCGGUCCGUGAUACUGUCGAUGUGAGGUUGUCGCAGGGCCAGUAUGCGCGCCGCUUUGCGACAGCCGCCGAGGGGAAGGCUGUGGAGGGUGACGCUGCAGCUGGGAUGCAGGGUGGUCCGCUGGUGGAGUAUGAUGCCCGUGUACAGCAGGGUCGCUUGCGAGAUGAUCCGUAUCAAAGACAAAUCAUUGAGCAACUGCAGGACCUGUACGAACGACUGCGAUCCUACAACCCCCCGCCGGUCGUCCAGCCAAGCAUCGAAUCCCUCGACCCCAAGCCCAAGUCGUUCUUCGGCUCGCUGUUCAAUCGCAACGCAAAGCAGGAACUUACAAUCCCCGAAUCCCUCCCCAAGGGACUGUACAUGUACGGCGACGUAGGAUGCGGCAAGACCAUGCUCAUGGACCUGUUCUACGAGACCCUCCCACCCAACAUCAAGACCAAGACCCGCAUCCACUUCCACAACUUCAUGCAGGAUGUGCACAAGCGCAUGCACGUCGUCAAGAUGAAGUACGGCAACGACUUUGAUGCGCUGCCUCUCGUGGCGGCUUCCAUCGCAGAGGGCUCGAGCGUGCUGUGUUUCGACGAGUUCCAGUGCACAGAUGUCGCAGAUGCGAUGAUUCUCCGAAGACUCCUCGAAUCCCUCAUGUCCCACGGCGUUCUCCUCGUCACCACCUCCAACCGUCACCCCGACGACCUCUACAAGAACGGCAUUCAACGCGAAUCCUUCAUUCCCUGCAUCAACCUCCUCAAGACCGCCCUCGACGUUAUCAACCUCAACUCUCCCACCGACUACCGCAAGAUCCCCCGCCCCCCAGCAGCCGUCUACCACCACCCGCUCGGCCCAGACGCCGACCACCACGCCCAGAAAUGGUUCGACUUCCUCGGCGACCCCAUCAACGACCCCCCACACCCCGCCACCCAAGAAGUCUGGGGUCGCAAGAUCCAUGUGCCCUUGGCCAGCGGCAAAGCCGCCAAAUUCAGUUUCCAGCAGCUCAUCGGCAGCGCUACCGGCGCAGCAGAUUACCUAGAACUCGUCCGGAACUACGAAGCCUUCAUCAUCACCGAUGUGCCGGGCAUGAACCUUACCCAGAGAGAUCUGGCUAGACGGUUCAUUACUUUCAUCGAUGCCGUCUAUGAGAGUAGGGCAAAAUUAGUCCUCACCACCGAAGUCCCCCUCACCAACCUCUUCCUCUCCGCCGACGACGUCAAAUCCACCCUCACGGACGGCAGCAACGACGACGGCGCGGACCUCUCCGACGCGAUGCGCAUGAUGAUGGACGAUCUAGGCUUGUCGAUGCAAGCGCUCAAAACGACCUCGAUCUUCAGUGGUGAUGAGGAGCGGUUCGCGUUCGCGAGAGCAUUGUCCCGUCUGUCUGAAAUGGGAAGUAAGAUGUGGGUGGAGCGCGGCUUGGGAGUGGGAAUGGAUGCGGAUCAUGGGAAGAGUGAACAUGAUGCGUAUUUGAAGGCGAGGAGUCGCUGGUCGGAGGAUAAUAUGUAA